CUAGGCGAAAGAAAAAUCACUUUCCCAUUCCCCUCUCCCUAUAAACACUGCAAAGAAUCUCAAAUCAAAGAUGCUCCAUUCCUUUCAUUUCAAUUCCAUUCCUCUCACACUCAAAAACAACACAUAACAUAAAAAUCUUCACAUUAAUAUAACAAUAAUUCCAUUUCAAACCGUAUUCCAUUCGUAUUAUACGCCGUAUACCGUAUAAUCCCAUUCCUCCGUCGAUGGCGGACCACACCGCUCUCACCUCUCCGUUACUCCCCUCCGACCACCUAAUCCUCACCGUCGACUCCGAUUCCAGCUCCGCCUCAUCGACAGCCACAGCCACCGUCUCUCCAAUCUCCAACCCCUUCGCCACCUUAGGUUUCAGCGGCGGAGAGUUGACUGUGCCGCCGGGGAUUACGGUGGACCCGUUCCAGAACAAUAAAGCGGGGAUUGACGGUGUUUACGAAUGGGUGAAGACGAUUGUGUGUAUUCCUUUGGCUUUGGUUCGGUUGGUGAUAUUUGGAUUGUGUUUGGCGAUAGGGUAUGUGGCUACUAAGUUGGCACUUUAUCGUUGGAGAGAUAAGGAAAAUCCUAUGCCUAGGUGGAGGAGUGGAAUUAUGUGGGUCACGAGAAUCGCCGCCAGAUUCAUAUUGUUCUCUUUUGGCUAUCAUUGGAUAAAACGGAAAGGAAAACCUGCCCCAAGGGAAGUUGCUCCAAUAAUUGUAUCUAAUCAUGUAUCUUAUAUUGAGCCUAUCUUCUAUUUCUAUGAAUUAUUUGCCACCAUUGUGGCAUCCGAGUCUCAUGACUCCAUACCUUUUGUUGGCACAAUCAUUAGAGCAAUGCAGGUCAUUUAUGUUAAUAGGUUCUCACCAUCAUCAAGGAAGCAGGCUGUAAGAGAAAUAAAGAGAAGGGCUUCUUGCGAUAGAUUUCCUCGAGUACUUUUAUUUCCCGAGGGAACGACUACAAACGGCCGGAACCUCAUUUCCUUCCAACUCGGUGCAUUUAUCCCCGGGUACCCAAUCCAGCCUAUAAUUGUGCGCUAUCCUCAUGUGCACUUUGAUCAAUCUUGGGGUAAUGUUUCUUUGGGACAACUUAUGUUCAGGAUGUUCACUCAAUUCCACAAUUUCUUCGAGGUAGAAUAUCUUCCUGUCAUUUCACCCCUAGAUGAUAAGGAAACCGCUGUGCAUUUUCGUAAAAGGACUAGCCAUGCUAUUGCAACUGCAUUGAAUACUGUCCAAACUGGACAUUCUUAUGGAGAUAUAAUGCUUCAUAUGAGAGCACAAGAAGCAAAACAGGAGAACCCAUCGGGUUUUAUGGUUGAAAUGGCCAAAGUGGAAUCAUUAUUUCAUAUCAGCAGCUUGGAAGCUGUGGACUUUUUGGAUAAAUUCUUGGCUAUGAAUCCCGAUCCCAGCAGUGGUCAUGUUCAAUAUCGUGGCUUUUUGAGCGUUUUAAGACUCAGGGCUUGUCCUCUUGCUGAAAAGAUAUUUGCAUUCAUUGAUGUGGAGAAGUGUGGGAAAAUUACAUUCAAACAGUUCUUGUAUGGUUCUGCACAUGUCAUGAAGCAGCCAGGGUUUUGUCAAGCCUGUGAAAUAGCCUUUGCUGAGUGUGGUGGUGCAGUAAAGGGCUACAUCGUGGAAGAAGAAUUCCGAGAUUCCAUCCAAUCCGCUCUCCUUAGCUGGAAUGAGGACGAGGUCCAUCGUCUUUUUCUGUUAUUUGAUGAGGAUAAGGAUGAAAAAGUUUACAAGGAAGAUUUUCUUUCAUGCCUUAGAAGAAAUCCUCUUCUCAUAGCUCUUUUUACACCUCAACCGGAGCUCAAGGAAUCAUGUGGUAAUGGAGUGCUGGAGAUAGUUUGAUGGAUGGAUUUUACAUGAGAUUACAACCUCUGAAUUUGUAAGAUGUUACUCUUCCAGAAAGUUCAAAAAGAGGAAAAUGGCAGGGUCCCUUGGAAUUACAUGCACAUAAUAUAGGAUGCAGAGGCCUAAUUUUUUUUUUCUUUAUUAACUUUCACUCAUAUAAAACAUUAUCAUUUGUUGAAAAUAUGUGUUUUCUGGCUUGUUUUAAAAGGGUCAGAUUUACACAGAUAGACUUCCAUUAAACUGUUUGAGUUUUGGUUGAGGGGACCAUUUUGGCAUUUGGGGUCAAUAUGGUCCAAGGUUUGAUCUAUGUGUCUGUAACAUACAUUAUCGCUGUAAUUUUAGCGGUGUGUUGGAAUCUAAUGAAGAAUGAUUUGCAGUCUUAGAAAGCAA